ACCUAAGUUAUAUAGAGAACAACUUUUUAAACUGCGUAUUUAUACUAAACUAAAUAUAAGACAGAUUUAGCUUCAGAGCUAAGCUAAGCCACCAGAUAUCUAACACUAAUGGUUUGCUGCAAACAACUUAUAGAGAACAACUUAUUUGAGUGUGUUUAAGUAGUAUUUAUAGCUACUAAACUAAAUAUAAGACAGCGUUAGCUUCACAGCUAAGCUAAGCACUGAGUUGGUUAGUUAGCUUAGCUUGGCUAGCUUAGCUAGCAAGGUUUGCUUCAAACAACUUAACGUUAACUUUUUUUGAGUGUGUUUUAGGAGCGUAUUUAUAGCGUAACAUCGUUAUUUUACUGUGUGUGUUAAAAACUACACGUCAAUUCCGAAUUAGAAGUUAGUUUUGGGCUGUUUUUUUAACGUAACGACACAUUUAUUCAAGAUGCUAACUAUAGCUAGUUAGGUUAACUUAACUAUUAUCUGUGUUGUAUCUUAACCUAGUUAUUUAUUACAGUGAAAAUAAAUACAGGUAUCCAAAGCCAGGACCUGUGUUGGUUUUCUCAGGCUGAAACCUCUCAACCGUGUUUAUACGCUGCACACGUCUGCUAGACGGUAGUAAAGGCUGUGUGUUGUGGGACGGAUAUGCUGGGCUGGAGGGCUGGAGCUGCAGUACAGAGACCAGGGGAGCGGAGGCGGAGGGACGGACUGAACUGAACUGCAGCACAGCGACGCACUGUAUCCCCCACUGUCCAGCCUCCUCAUCCUCCUCCUCCUCACUGCCUCCUCCUGACUGCAGCUCAGAAACCUCCUCACUCACUCACUCCAGCAGGCAGGCAGAGCCUCCUCUCCGGGAUGAUGAUGCUCCAAGGGAGGCUGUGGUGGCUGGCAUCGCUCAGCUGCACCGUCCUGCUCUUUUCUCCCUUCGUGACCCCCCACCCUGCUGACCCAGACAAAGGGAGAAGGAAGGUGGUGCAUGUCCUUGAGGAUGAUUCUGGAGCAGUGAUAGUACAGACUGCUCCAGGUAAAGUGGUCACACAUCGAGGAGGUACCAUCACCUUGCCCUGCCGUUUCCACCAUGAGCCAGAGAACGUCGAUCCAGCCCGCAUUCGCAUCAAAUGGACCAAGGUUACGGACGCCUUUCAGUUUGAGGACGUGUUUGUGGCACUGGGUCGUCAGCAGCGGGCCUUCGGGCCGUAUCGAGGGCGUGUGGAUCUGGAGCAGGCUGGAGUAGGAGAUGCCUCAGUCAUCAUCCACAACGUAACCCUGCAGGACUACGGACGCUACGAGUGUGAGGUCACCAACGACAUGGAGGAUGACACAGGAUUCGUGAGUCUAGACCUUGAAGGUGUUGUCUUCCCAUACUACCCUCGUCUUGGGCGCUACAAGCUGAACUACCACGAUGCGGAAGAGUCGUGUAAACAGCAGGACGCCAUAUUGGCUUCUCAUGCCCAGCUGCACAAGGCCUGGCUGGAGGGGCUGGACUGGUGUAACGCUGGCUGGCUGGAGGACGGCUCAGUGCAGUACCCCAUCUCACACCCGAGAGAUCAGUGUGGGCGCAAAGAUACCCCCGCUGGAGUCCGCAACUACGGCUACCGACACAAAGAGGACGAGCGCUACGACGCCUUCUGCUUCACCUCAAAGCUUAACGGCCAGGUGUAUUUCCUGAAACGCUUCAAGAAGGUCAGUUACCCAGAGGCAUUGAAGGCUUGCCAGCGUGAUGGUUCUGCGAUGGCCAAAGUAGGCCAGCUCUACGCCGCCUGGAAGUUCCAGCUGCUGGACCGCUGCGAGGCAGGCUGGGUAGAAGACGGCAGUGUCCGUUACCCCAUCGUCAACCCUCGUGCCCGGUGCGGAGGCUCAGAACCCGGCAUCCGAAACCUCGGCUUUCCUGACAAAAAGUUCCGUCUCUACGGGGUCUACUGCUUCCGAAAGGACUCCCCAGAUCCUGAAGUCCAGACCACAGUCCAAGCUCCAGUUAAAACCACCGCCAAACUUGCCAACAGCACCAGGAGCAUCUGAAACCUGUGCAUUUUCCGAGCUGCCAUCAUUAGCACCAUGGCUUCUGCAGCUUAGGCAGCAUGUCUGACUGACGAAGCAGGUCAACUAAUUAACUAACUAACUAACUUACCAACAAAGCAGACAAACUAGCGCUAGUGCUGAACUUGCGGCUUGAUUACGCCCAUGUUAUUUUACUCUCUCUCUCAGCUGAAAAGAAACGUCAGCCACGUUUGAACAGAGAGCAGUUUAGUUAGUAGGCAACUUUUGCUUUUACGAAGUCUAUUCUAGCCUGAGCUGCCUGCAGAACAAUGCUCAUUAGCUUUAGUGCCUCCUGUAUGUAGGCUAGCAUGGUGGGGCUGAUGGGGACUGGGCUUUGGACUUUUGUGUUUUGUUUAUUCUUUGUGUCAAGAUGAAAAAUGCUUCAGUGAAAGCCCCAGCUCUGCGCUAAUUAGCACGUGAACCAGUCGGAGAGCUAAUUUAGCGCACCUCGUAAUGAAUGUGGCACAUUAGGCAGCAGCCUUGCUGAAGAUGGUUGUCACUGCAGAACAAGAAGUCCAGAGGGUGGAGCUGGAUCUGAUCCAACUCUUCCUUCCUUUGGGUUUUCAGUGGAACAAGCUAGUUUCGUAGUACAACAUAUAUAAUAGAAAAUGCUGUAGACUGUAAAUAGCUAGUUUUAUUGGGGGGUAUGGUAAGUGGAAAUCAUGAUUUACAGUAGUUAUAUGAACAAGAAAUCCAAUUGGAGCUGUAUAGUGGUAGUUUGUAAAUACUGUGCUAUUUAAGGUCGAACUGAACAUUCACUGUUGUCCACAAACACUACUAAAUAUCAAAUUGAGAUGUGUCAAUCAGGUUAUUUUGCCCCUAAUCUGAUAUCUUAUAAUCCAGGCUGACUGACCUACCUGAUCAGUACAUUUAAAGCACUGAAAAAAGCAUGUAGUUCUCUCACCACUAAAAUGAAGCAAUUCCUGUUUAUAUAUUUUUAUUUUUACCUCAUAUUCUUUAAAAUAGCUGCACACUGCAGACUCUAACAAAACUCUAAUUUCCCUUCUGAGAACUCUCCUCAGUAUUGCUGUUCCUUGAAGGCACUGUUCAAGGUACAUUGUGAUGCUUAUUGCUAUCUUACACCCCUCAACAAUCUGUGAAAACCUUGCAUCUGCAUCGAUUAAAUAGCGAAAUUGCUUGUGAAUAUAUCAAGGCUGAUGGGUGUUAUGUAGAAAUGAGGUGUGUUUAGGUAAGGUUCUGGAGUAUUGCUAUCUUGGCAACGGAAAACACAGGUGUGCCAUUAACUAAAAAAAGCCUAGACAGACGUCAACAGUUAGACGUUUAUUGCAAAGACUCGGAACUGGACUACAAUUAAAACAGACGGUUCUGAUAGAUUAAAAUAUGCCUGGAUGAGCUUAAUAGUUUAGUAACAAAAUCGUGAUCAAAAUAUAUGAAAAUAGUGAGUCUCUGUGUCUUGUAAAUUUGUAUUUCUUGUAGAAUCUUGAGUUUUCCACUUGUAAAUACUUGUAAAAACUUCAUUGUCUUUUCUGUUCAAUUUAUGAGGGGUACAAAAAAUAUUUCCUAAGUUUUUGACUCUAUGAUCACAGGCAAUACACUGUUAUAUAACAUACUGUUGUAUCUUUCUAUUUGAGUUGAUAUAACUAUUCUAUACAUGUAUCAGGACUAAUUUCAGACUAAUAUUAAAACUGCAGUUUUCCACCAAUGAAAUGGUGCGAUUAUUCUGACCAGAGGCGGUCUUUGCAUAGAGGCAUUGCUAGGCAACUGCCUUGGGCCCCUCCCACUGCAGCCCACUGUAGGGGCCCCAUGACUAGCUGCAAACUUCCCAUAGGCCUACAGCUGGUAAUUGGGGCCCUUUGGACAGUAAUUCACAGAUAGUGAGUUCAUAAAUGGUGAUUCUUGUAUGUUUAAAAUGGAAACAAAGACAACACAAUAAAUUACAAAGAAAUACAGAUUCCGUCCACACCCUCUCUUUCGCGUUAAAAUGGAAUAUUCCAUCCAUGCCUUGUGGCCAUGCCAUGAACGCACACGCGCUGCUUGUGAAAGACGGAAUUAAGGUGAAAUUAAGUGUACAAGUGGGAUGUGAGCGAAAAAAGAAGGAAGAGGCUAAACUAAAAACAGAUGCUCUUCCAAAACUGAUAAGCUUUUUUUAGUGUGUCAGCACCACCGGACCCGAAUGUUUUGGUGGAGGAGGAGGACGAGGAGGUGCCAUAUCGUCAUUUAUGACCCAACAUCGCGAUGGAUGGUAACCAUUGCGAUGCCACGCCCACUUUUUUGUUUUUCCAGAAACAUGCACUUACCUUCUUUGGGUCUCCUUCACCUAAAACUUUAGCAGGGAUUGUAUGGAAAAAUAUCAAAUCAGGUAUAUAACUUAAAUGAAUUAGAUUCAGGGAUGAAUAUUAAAAUACCCUACUGCUAUAAAUAUGCCUAAUUGGCAUAUUAUUAUAUUAUUUAUUAUUAUUCUAUUAUUAUUAAGAUAUUAUUAUUUAUAUCUAGGUUACAGCUUGUCUUCGUUUUUUCUACAUGUCUGUAUUAAUUUUAAACAUUUCAUGUUAUUCAGGCAAAUAGAAUAAGCCUGCUCUUGUGCGUCGGGAAACUUGCUCAUUGUCAACCAGUGUUGGGCACCUUACUUUGAAAAAGUAAUCAGUUAUAUUUACUAGUUACUAAGGAGUUACCGCACUAUAAAUGUAACUAGUAAAAGUAAUUGACUUACUUUAAAUUAUGUAAAUUCUAUUAUUAUUAUUAGAAAAAUAACAAACGAAAAUAAACCCAAAAUGUUGACAAAAAUAUAAUCUAACGAAUUUUAAAACAUAGAAACGAAAAACUUUAAAAUGGUAUUGAUAUAACAUAAUAUAAUAUAACAGCUGCAUCAAACAGUUUAGCGUCAGUCACAAGGAAAGCGCGCGUGGCAUUGCAUUUUAAAAAAAAAGUUUUAAUAAAUAAGGUCCUCUGAAAUGAAGUAAAAUAUAUGGUAGUAAAAAAUAUUGAAUUCACAUAUUUAUUGAUAUUUAAACAAGAGAAAUCAGGCAAAAUGCACCGCGCCGCACUGAGCUGCGCACGCGCUCUCUCUCUCUCUCUCUCUCUCUCUCCCGCAGCGCGGAGCUGAAUUCAGCGCGAGGCUAGAAAUAAUUUGAAAACUCAGUUUAGUUAAAUAAAUUAAGAUGAGUGAGGACCUGUAAAGUUAAUCAAAUAUUGUCAAAUAUAAAGGAUAGGUUGAGGUUUUGGGGAGCUGUUUCAAUUAUUAUUAUAACUGAAACUGAUAUUAUUCUGCGCACUGUUAGAUAGCUUUUGAUUGUGUUUUAAAUGAGUUUUUAUUUUAUAUUAAUUAUUUUUUAUUCAUUUUCAAUAUUUUUAGUAUUUUAUUGAUCAAUAUUUUUUUUUUAUUGAUGGGCCCCCAAGCUAAAUUCGCCUUGAGCCCCCAAAUUGCUAAGUCCGCCACUGAUUCUGACUCCACCCCUUUUGGACUUCUGAUUUUGCAGUGAAGAAGCUUGGAACGGCAUGGCUUUGCUCAGUUUGGUUCAGUUGUGGGCUGCUCUCAGUAGUUUAGUUACUAUGCACACAGUAAUAACUGUAGACAUAAGCACCUUGUAUGCAAAAAUAUACACUGCAAAAAAAUUCUAUUUAAGCAAUAAUACACGUGAGGGAAUACUAUUACUUGUGAUAUUGGCAGGGUGCCGUUGAUCAGCACAGCAGUGCCAGUUUUACAUUUUACAGCACGAACCUUGAGUGUAUUAUUGUGAUUAUACCACAGUUUCAUUAUGACUGUUUAUUAAACAUUAAAGUUAAAGAUUUUAAGUUAAAGAAGAUGAAGGAAAUACGAUCAGUUUGGUUAUAAAAUGCAAGUUUCAUUGCUGCUCUGCUUGUAGCUGCAAUGUUUGGCUUGUAAGUGCUGCAUCGUUGCUAGGUUACCUGUAUGUGGUGGAGUAAUACAUGGAGAGCCUUGGUUACAGUGCAUUUCUGGCUGAUAACGGCACUCGUAGAACGCCUCUCAGUCAAACAUAUUGCAGGGUCAGAACUAAUAAUGUUAUAUAUAAAUAUAUAGUCUACAUAACAGCUAUUUCUUAUUUCUUAUAUUUCUUAUCAAGAUGUAUUUACUUAUAUUUAAUUAGGCUAAAGAUAAGUAAGCAAAAUCAUCUGCCAGUGAAAUAAAUCACACAAAACUAUUCAAAAUAAAUGAUAUUCUUAUGAUAUUCGUACAAUACUGUUAAAAUGAGAAAUAUCAGAUAUGUAGACUAUAUUGACUUUAAAUCUCACCUGCUCAUUUUUGCAGUGUAUAGUUUUAAUGAUUCUAAUCUUACGGCAAUAACUUGCUUAGCAUGUUUUUAGUAGAUGAUUAUCUCAGCGAGUCGACGACUGCCUUUCAUAAUGCUGCUGCUUUACUACCUCAUUAGUGGUCAAGAAUUGCACUAUCCAUUCAACUGUGAUGUGGCACAAUGCAUUUUAGAUUAAAGUUAUUUAUCUGUUUA